AUUAAAUGUCAAAAACUAACUACAGAAAGUAAUAUUUACUUGUAUGUGAAAAAAUGACGACUCAAUGUGAAAAGGAAUUUAAUCUAAAACACUUCGGCUUGGGUCAUAAAAAGCCCAUCGUCUUCGUAACGUCAACGUUCGGUCCAAAAUGGUUUUACCCGAUGUGGCUUGCUGUCCAACUCAUUUAUCACAUGAUCGUUCUCGGGAUUGACGGGAAUGCAGUGAGUGGACAGGACGGCGAGCCCUCCUUUCGUUACUUCCUGUACAUACACAACUGGGCUUACAUGCUGAUUGUACUUUCCAACGUUAUUGAUCUCGGGGUCACAGUGUAUGUCCACGUGCUGGCACGAUAUAUUCUCGAGGAAAGAGAAAGCAACAAAGGUGGCGCACAAAUCGUAAUGAGGAACAAGGUAGCAAAGAUUAGCUUUAAGACCAUGGGGGAGUACUACCAGGUUCGCUGGUACCUGAAGCUGACAUGGGUCCUGUUUACGAUGUCAACUGUUCUUGGAAUGGCUGUAUCUCUUCUAUACUGGAUAUUAUUUCUAGUUAGAACAAGAACAGAAUUUAAGGAUGGCUUAUUGGGAAAAGAAAUUGGCGAAACAGGCCUUUCGCUCGCCGCACACACAACAACAACAACACAGAGGCCAUGUCAAGCGAGAGAUGACUGCAAAUAUCUGACUUGUGACGGCAACAAUGGUCAAGAUCACACCUGCACAGAUGGAGUAUGUCAGUGCAUGCAUGUUAGGCGUUACGCUCGCGCUGGAGAAGCCUGCAAGGUCGACGUAGAUUGCAACAGCACGGUUUGUCACCAUGGUGCCCCGCACUGUGAGAUCCACGACCCGAACGCCGAGCACGGACACUGCAACUGUCAUGCCGCCAAGCGCGCUGGAGAAGCCUGCAAGGUCGACGUAGAUUGCAACAGCACGGUUUGUCACCAUGGUGCCCCGCACUGUGAGAUCCACGACCCGAACGCUGAGCAUGGACACUGUAACUGUCAUGUCGCCAAGCGCGCUGGAGAAGCCUGCAAGGUCGACGUAGAUUGCAACAGCACGGUUUGUCACCAUGGUGCCCCUCACUGUGAGAUUCACGACCCGAACGCCGAGCAUGGACACUGCAACUGUCAUGCCGCCAAGCGCGCUGGAGAAGCCUGCAAGGUCGACGUAGAUUGCAACAGCACGGUUUGUCACCAUGGUGCCCCGCACUGUGAGAUCCACGACCCGAACGCUGAGCAUGGACACUGUAACUGCCAUGUCGCCAAGCGCGCUGGAGAAGCCUGCAAGGUCGACGUAGAUUGCAACAGCACGGUUUGUCACCAUGGUGCCCCGCACUGUGAGAUCCACGACCCCAUGGCCGAGCACGGACACUGCAACUGUCAUGCCGCCAAGCGCGCUGGAGAAGCCUGCAAGGUCGACGUAGAUUGCAACAGCACGGUUUGUCACCAUGGUGCCCCGCACUGUGAGAUCCACGACCCGAACGCUGAGCAUGGACACUGUAACUGUCAUGUCGCCAAGCGCGCUGGAGAAGCCUGCAAGGUCGACGUAGAUUGCAACAGCACGGUUUGUCACCAUGGUGCCCCGCACUGUGAGAUCCACGACCCGAACGCUGAGCAUGGACACUGCAACUGUCAUGUCGCUAAACGCGCAGGCGAGGCAUGCACAAGUGACCUGGAUUGCGCCGGCAACACGUGUAACCAUGGUUCCCCACACUGCGAAAUCCACGACCCAGCCUUGGCGCAUGGACACUGUAACUGUCACACAGUUUAAAAGUAUUAGUUGAACUAUGUGUUUAUCGUAUGUUAUUAAAGUGGGAAUACACCCGUUUUUAUAA